GUUGUGACGGAUAAAGGGAAUCCUCGCUUAUCUGAUAAUGAAACUAUAACAGUCCACUUGCUAGUUGUCAACGAUAACGCACCGCAGUUCCUGCAGACAUUCUACACGAUACCUGUUAUGGAGAAUAACGCGCCUGGAGCUUUACUGAGCUCUUUAACUGCUGUAGAUCCAGAUCUCCAUGAAAAUCAGUAUUUAGUUUAUUUUAUCAUAGAGAAGGAAAUAGUGAACACCUCCAUGUCCAUGCUGUUCUCCAUUAAUCCAGAGAACGGGAAUCUUUACGCGCUAAAGACGUUUGACUGUGAGAUAGAGAAGGAGUUUCUUUUCCACAUCGAGGCCAGAGACUCUGGCGUUCCUCCGCUCAGCAGUAACGUGACCGUUCACAUUAUUAUCAUGGAUCAGAACGACAACACGCCGCUUAUAGUGUCUCCAUGGCGCGCGCACGGCUCGGUGGUGGAGGAAAAGAUCCCGAGAUCCACCGAUAAAGGAACUCUGAUAGCCAAAGUCAUCGCCAUAGACUCUGAUUCAGUGCACAACUCUCGAAUCACGUACCAGUUUCUCCACAACACUGACGCGACAUUAUUCAGCUUGGAUCAAUAUAACGGAGAGAUCCGGACCAUGAGAAUGUUCAGUUACAGAGACUCGCGCCACCAGCAGCUGGUUGUGAUCGCCAAGGACAACGGAGAGCCCGCGCUCUCUGCUACAGUCACCAUCAAACUGUCCACGGUGGAGACCGCCCUUAAAACCUAUGCUGACAUGACUGAGGUGCCUUUGGCAUAUGACAUCUUCUCCGAUUUAAACCUGUAUCUGGUGAUCGGACUGGGCUCUGUUUCAUUUCUUUUACUCAUCACUAUAUUGGUCACCAUCGUGCUGAAGUGUCAGAAAACGAAGCCCAGCAAAGCGGCUCCUCCGUGCAGGAACAGUGUGAUCAGCGAGAGGAACUCGACCAUCGCGGAUUCCACUCUGGUCUCCAACGAUGCCUACUGGUACAGUUUAUUUCUAGCAGAGACCAGGAAAGGAAAGCUGGUGGUCAGACAGCCUGUGCCAAAGGGAGCGAGAUACAUGGUGUCCAGUAUACCGAGGAGCACAGGACUGACCGAGACCAGCGACUCAGCUGCUUCUACACUACAGGUAGGCUCAGAUAUAUUUUUCUUCUUUAGUAAAUUGUCAUAUUAUUUAACACUUUCGUAUUGUUGCGGCACUUCUAAAAAUGAAAAACAGUGA